CCUCGGCUAGCGUCUCUACAGAUGAAGCAUCGACGUCAUGGUUGGUGUUUUCUGAAAGUGUUCCCUUUUCGAUCUUCUCGAGAAAUCCGACGUAUUUGUUUGAUUGUAAGGUUUCGGGGAGGUAUGUCAGGAGAAUGCGCAACACCAGGUCUUUGCGCAGGACAGUGUCAUGGCGGGCAGCAAGGACAGCCAAGCUAUCGAUAUCGGCCUGAACAGCAAAGUGCACGGCAAGGAGGACCAGCUUUGCCGGUGAUAGUGAGAGGGUCAUUAUUUUCGAGGCUCCUGUAUCCGAGAUUCGUACUAUCGACCUAGAGAAUGAAUGGAACGGUGCAAAAUCGCAUGUCGAAUUACGUCGGAUAAUGCCUUCACAUGGCAACUUGUCAGUCAACGACAAGGACACGGAGCUGAGAGCUUCCACAAACAGCAGUUGGGGAUCGUGAACACAUUCGCUCUUGGCAUCUUUCCCCAAGAAAGCGGCAGGGAUAGGGGUCAGCCAGCCAAUCGAAGGCCGGGCAUUUCGCCCGCAGUCCGUCAUUGUGGGUCAUCCCUGCUGUGGCUUGACCUGCAAAAGUGUGGCUGCCGCUCUCCCGUGCGUGUGUCUGUUGCUGGCCAAGCUCCAAGUGGGAACAUCACAUUGACUUUGGACGCCGACGACAUUCGCGACCUCCCCUCAACUUCCCCUCCUGCCACACCACAAACAGGGAAAUUCAUAGCCCAUCAUGGCGUCCGGAUACGGCGUGAACGGCGGCCCGUCUCGGUGCUUCCCCUUCUGGCAGGAGCUGCUCUCGUGCUACGUUGUCAACACCACCGAAUUCGAUGACUCUGGAAAGGCCAAGUGCGCCGGGCACAUGGAGGACUACUACGAGUGCUUGCACCACAGAAAGGAGGCUGCCAGAGUCAAGGCCCUGCAGGCUGCUUACAGAGCUGCCGAGGCCAAGAAGCUGAAAGAGAAUCCUCCGAAUGCUACGCAAAUAAGGAAUCUGGGGCUGCUAGACAAGGAGGACGACACAAAGAAGGUGCUUGGAUCCAGCUAG